AUGGGCGGGCUGCCUUACCCCGAGCUAUCCGAUUGGCACCCCAAAGGCCAGGUGACCCGUUCUUAUGACCUUUGGAACGAAGAACGCGGCGCCGGCACACGCGCUGUCAUCAUAGUUGACCGCGAGGGCGUUAUCCGCUAUCGGGAACUGUACGAACCGGGAAUCCUGCCCGAUCCGGAAACCAUCCUGCAGGCCGUAGCCGACCUGUCCUAA